UAGAAAGAAGAUUUUAUAAUCCUAAAAUUUUAACAUAAAAAUAAUAUAGAUUUUUAUUACCAAAUAGAAAUGAAAUUAUUCUUUAAUAAAUUUGUGUUCGAUUCUCAAGAUUCAGACUAAAGAAAGAGUUGAAAAAAAAAAUUUAGAAUAUUAGUAUAAAAGCCGUAAAAAUGUUUUUUACGUUGAAAUUUUACUGCAAAUGGCUAUAUUUGAAAGGAAAAUUGAACGCAAAAUAAAACUAGAUGAUACUCAGUGUAUAUCUUGUUAUAUUGAAACUGCACAAACAGUUAAUAAUCACACGGAAUAUGUUAUUAGAGUUCAAAGGGGACCAGUUAAAGAGAAUUCUUGGAGAAUAUUAAGACGUUAUAAUGAAUUUGCUAAACUUAACAAAGAAUUUCAAAUAUCCGGCAUACAGUUGUCGUUUCCUGGAAAACGUAUUAUUGGUAACAUGCACCCAGAUUUUAUAGCUGAACGACGUAAAGCAUUACAAGAAUUUUUAAACGAAGUCCUAAUGAAUCCGAUAUUGGCCUCGUCGUUACCUACAAAACGGUUUGUUGACCCGGAUAGUUAUUCUCAAUCAUUUCAUGAUAAUGCCGUUCAGGGAGCAUCAUUAUGUCUUCGCACUGAUGGUCUCUAUACUCUUGGCCAAUCAAUGGGCCAAAUAGGCUGGAGAUUACGUAAACAUUAUUUUAAAGUAAGUCCAAAACCACCACAAGAAAAAUCGUCGCUUGGUAAACAUUUGGUAAAAUCAAGUUCUCAAUCAAACCAAUCUAAAAAUCAACAUCAACAAAAUACAAGCAGUCAUCAAUCGUCUACUAGUGGAAGUUGUAAUAGCAGUAGCAAUGUAACAGGUACCGGAAAUUCAUCAAACAAUGGAAUCAGUGGCACAUCUCAUUCUGGAAGUAGUAGUAAUCAGCAAACCGAAUUGGUUCUAACAUGGACUGAAUAUGGUCCUGAUAAAUAUAUGGAAGAAAAAGAAAUUCAUAGUGUUCUUAAAAGUUUAUCAUCAUUACAACAUUCAUAUAUUGAACCAAUUUUAUUUAGUGGAUGCAAUGACAGCGGUGCGCUAGUAAUUAGAAAAUUUCAUGGACAAGGAACUCUAAAGGAUCUAAUUUGCUUAUCUACACCAAAAAAAGCUUAUUUAAGUAAAUAUGGGAGUUGCAAAAAUCGUGUUGUAUUGUCAUUAAGACAAAUUGCGCUAUAUGGCUUCCAAAUUUUAGAUGCUUUAAGAUUUUUACACUCAAAAGGGAUACCAUUUGGCCAUUUGCAUACUGGAAAUAUUAUUAUUACAGAUGAUGGUGUUCGUUUAUUGGAUAUUGAAAAUUUUGUAUUAGGUGUACCAGCAUUUUAUAGGCCAUUUUUUGUUCAACAUAGCAAAAUGCAUACAAUGGAAAAUAUAGAUGUUUAUUGUUUUGGGCAUGUUUUAUUUGAAAUGUGUAUGGGCUAUCCAAUGCAAGAGUCAAUAAUGCGUCAACCACUUGAUAUUCCAGAACCAUUAAAACAACUUCUUGAAUCAUUGUUAUCGAAAGAGGCUUGUAAAAAUAUGUUGCCAACCCUUGAACAAUUGGCUGAACAUAAAUUUUUUAAGGAAUAUUCUAGUCCGGAUGAAACUUUAGUUAAUACUAAAGGACAUUUAAAAUUAUCAACAAAUGCCAAAGAACAACUCAAAAUUGCUAUACAAAAAACUGAACAACGUUUACAAAAUGAACAAAAAUCUGUUAAAAAUCAGAAACGUUUAGUUCGUGUCCAAGAAUUAAUGAGUUCUGAAGAAGAAAAAAAGAAAUCAAAACAUAAAAUGAAAGUGGAACAAAAACAAUCAAAACUAAAACAACAAACUUCAUUACAAACACAAAAUGGACCAUCUUUGUCAUUAGCAUCUACAUCAUCAUCAUUUGCUAGUCCUACCAAUGAACCAGAAAUAACAACGCCUAAAUCAUCAACAUUAAAUAAAUCAGAAAGUAUUUUUAGUCAAAGUACAUCUCAAGAAACUCCAUUAUCACCACCUUCAUCUCAAGCUUCAUCUCAACUGUCUCCGCCACCACCACCACCAGCGCUUCCAAUUGAUAUUCCGACUAUAGCAAAAUCAGCCGAAUCAAUAGUUGAAAAUAAUAAAGAACGUUCUGCAUUACUUGAAUCAAUAUGCAGAUUUAAUAGAAGCUCUUUGCGUAAAGUUAAAUCUAACGAUGAAUAACUAAAAUAUUUUAAAACACAAUACAAAUAUCAAAAUAAAUAACAAAUAUUAUUAUUGCAACAAAAAUAAAAAAAUUUCAUACAAUUUCUUAUAUAACAAAAAAAAAGUAAAAAAUAGAGUAAUAAUAAAUAAAAAAAAAAAUUUAAUAUAAAUACAAAAAAGAUUUUUGGACCAAAAAGACUCGUAACAUGUGUGGUUAAAAUUAAAUACAUAGACAUUUAAAUAACACUAUAAAUUAUAUUUCAAUAGCUAUAACAUGAAUUGUAGAAUAAAAACAUUAUAAAAUAAUUAAAAGUAAUUAAAUGUAUAUCAAUGUAUAGACUAAAAUUUAAAAUAGUAAUUUAUUAAUAUAUAAUACUUAAUAUUUAGUAAUUUUUAAUAUUCCCAACAACACUUUGUUGUACUGUAGUUGAAAAGAAAAAAAAAAACUAAGAAAUACGCAAUUUUUGUUUUUUUAAAUAUAAAAUUUA